GUGCGGCGCGUGCCCGUGCGGGAGGGCCGGGUGCUGGCCACGCUCUUCCUGCCGCCAGGACUGGGACCCUUUUCUGGGAUCAUGGACCUUUUUGGAGUUGGAGGAGGCCUUCUAGAGUAUCGAGCUAGUCUGCUGGCUGGGAAGGGCUUUGCUGUGAUGGCUCUGGCUUAUUAUAACUAUGACGACCUCCCCCAGGACAUAAAGAUACUACAUUUGGAAUACUUUGAAGAAGCCAUGAAUUACCUGCUCCAGCACCCUCAGGUAAAGGGUCCAGGAGUUGGAGUGCUUGGAAUUUCCAAAGGGGGUGAAUUAGGCCUUGCUAUGGCCUCUUUCCUGAAGGGAAUCACAGCUGCUGUCAUAAUCAAUGGCCCCAUGGUCAGUGUUGGGGGAACUAUAUGCCACAAGAAUGAGAUUAUACCCCCUGUGGGCAUCAACAGCAAGAGAGUCAAGAUGACCAAAGAUGGCAUCAUGGACAUUGUGGAUGCCCUGAACAGCCCUUUGGAAGGACCUGACCAGAAGAGCUUCAUUCCUGUGGAAAGGUCUGACACCACCUUCCUGUUCCUUGUAGGUCUGGAUGACCACAACUGGAAGAGUGAGUUCUAUGCUAAUGAGGCCUCCAAGCGCUUACAGGCCCAUGGGAAGAAAAAGCCCCAGAUCAUCUGUUACCCAGAAACUGGGCACUACAUUGAGCCUCCUUACUUCCCCUUGUGCCGAGCUUCUCUGCACACCUUGGUGGGUAGUCCUGUAAUCUGGGGAGGGGAACCCAGGGCUCAUGCCAUGGCCCAGGUGGAUGCAUGGAAACAACUCCAGAGUUUCUUCCACAAACACUUGGGUGAUAAAGAGGGAACCAUCCCAGCAAAACUGUAAUUUUUGUGUGAUAGUAUAGCAUCUGUGAUGCUGAUCUCUCCUGGAAACAGCUGCUACAAUUACUGCGUGUAUAUGUAUUUUUCUUUUUAACUGCUCAGAGACUUUUCCUCAAAGAUGUUUAUCUACUCCUGAGGGGAAUGAUUCUACACAAAGCAUAAGCAGUGGAAAAGGCUUAUCUAUUAAUAUCAUAUGUCAUGCAACUGACAGGCUUUCACUCUAGAAAAAAAAAAAGAAAAAUGAAUACUACUCAUUAAUACCUCCUGCUACACAACUGGAAUUUAAUUAUUAGCUAAAUGACUGCUAGUUAAUAAAUAAAUUAUUGACUGCUGUGUAAGAAAAGCAUAUAUAGUGGCCCUUCUUGUCUCCACAAUGUACAUUCAGCCAACUCCACUUUUAAAAUAUUUGGAAAAAAAAAUUGUGUCUGAACUGAACACAUACAGAUGUUUUUCCUGUCAUUCUAUCCUAAACAAUACAAUGUAACAACUCUUUACACUGGAUAAGGUAAGUAAAUAAUCCAGGUGUGAUUUUAAAGUAUGUGAAAAAAUAACUGCUGGCUAUAUGACAAAUACCAUGCCAUUUUACAUAAGGGACUUGGCAUCUUCAGAUCUUGGUUUCUGCAAGGGUCGUGCAAUCUGUUCUUUCUCCUGCAACCUGUCCAAGGAUGCCAACAGAUGAUUUUAUAUCAAAAUGGUCACUAUAUCAGAUUUGAAUUUCUUCUUUUAGAAUUUUAGAAUAGAAUAGAGGUAACACCUUUGCUAUGAACUGGUUAAUAGAUAUAAACUAGUUAAAAUUGUCAAAGCAAAUACAUUUUUAGUUCUUUCCUGUCUUCUUGGAUGAAUAUGGAUUCUUCUAGCAAAAAAUUGUUAGGUUUCUGUUAAUACAUAGGAACCCUUAUGAUUUUGUUGUUUCAAAACCUGGUGCCACAUUAUUUAGAUGAAUUGCAUAAGGAUUACCACACUACAAACAUGAAAGUAAAUAGCAACAUGAUUUUUCUAUCACUUGAUGUAAAUAGUUCUGCCAUAAAUUGAGUAAGCUUUUCUUAAACCUUAAUUGUAGUUCAGAUAAAAGUGCCUCAAUUAGUGGUUAUUGUGUUGUUUCCUCAAUUUUCUUUUUGUAAGAAGGCAAUUCUCAGCAGGUGUUUUCCUUCAAACUCAAAAACAGUAUGUUGCUCU